AACACCGUAACUCUUAUUUUUUUGCGGCUCAUCUUCUUCCACCUCCGCUCACCUCCGCCGGAUUCCUCCAACGGCUAUUUGGUUUGGCUUCCUUCUUCCCUCCAAUUAAACCCUAAUUGAAAUCCCGCCACCAUGACGCCCUCUUCCGUCACCAAAGAAGACCUCUUCCUCCUCCCCUUCGACUCCCUCGUCGCCCGGAUCCCCUUCUUCACCUCUCCUUCUCCUUCCUCCCUCUCUGCUUUUCCUCGACGUUGUUCCUUUCCUUCGCAUAGUAGAAGCUGCAGGCGGUCUGCCGCCUUUGCCUCACUUGCCCCCGGUUCCUCCGAACUCCAUCGCCUCUGGAGCCACUUCAACCGGUUCGUGCGUUUCCACAGCGAGCCCCGUGCCCCCAUCGGGUUUGCCUCCGCUGGCCUCUCGAACGACGAGAUCCGUCUGGAGGAUGAGAGCCCUCUCAUUGCCGAGGACAACGGCGCCCCCAUUAAUGGCGUGGCGGAGUAUGAGAGGCCGAAGAAGGUUUUGAUUUUGAUGAGUGAUACUGGUGGUGGGCAUCGCGCGUCGGCGGAGGCCAUCAGGGCUGCCUUCAACCAGGAAUUCGGCGAUGAGUACCAGGUCUUUGUGACUGACUUGUGGACGGAGCAUACGCCCUGGCCAUUUAAUCAAUUACCGAGAAGCUACAAUUUUUUGGUAAAGCAUGGUGCUUUGUGGAAAAUGACGUACUAUGGUACCGCACCUCGCUUGGUGCACCAACCACAUUUUGCGGCAACUUCAACGUUUAUUGCUCGAGAAGUUGCAAAAGGCUUGAUGAAGUAUCAACCUGAUAUUAUAAUUAGUGUACAUCCUCUAAUGCAACACGUUCCUCUUCGAAUUCUGAAGGCCAAAGGUCUACUGAACAAAAUUAUUUUCACUACAGUUGUGACAGAUCUGAGCACAUGUCAUCCAACAUGGUUCCAUAGGCUUGUAACAAGAUGUUAUUGCCCUUCUUCUGAAGUGGCAAAGAGAGCAAUAAAAGCUCGGCUACAACCUUCACAGAUCAAGGUCUAUGGCCUUCCUGUACGCCCUUCCUUUGUUAAGCCUGUACGGCCAAAGGUUGAAUUAAGAAGGGAGCUAGGGAUGGAUGAAAAUUUGCCUGCUGUAUUACUGAUGGGAGGAGGAGAAGGAAUGGGUCCUAUUGAGGCCACCGCUAGGGCACUUGGUGAUAUAUUGUACGAUGAGAAUCUUGGAGGACCUGUAGGUCAGAUUCUUGUCAUCUGUGGCAGAAACAAGAAGUUAGUCAACAAAUUACAGUCGAUUGAUUGGAAAGUUCCGGUCCAGGUAAAAGGUUUUGUCACGAAGAUGGAAGAAUCAAUGGGUGCUUGUGACUGCAUAAUUACCAAAGCUGGACCAGGUACUAUUGCAGAAGCCAUGAUUCGUGGGCUUCCUAUUAUUCUGAAUGGUUAUAUUGCUGGACAGGAAGUUGGUAACGUUCCUUAUGUGGUGGAGAAUGGAUGUGGAAAGUUCUCAAAAGCUCCAAAGGAGAUCGCGAAAAUAGUUGCUGACUGGUUUGGCGCAAAGUCCGACGAACUCAGGGCCAUGUCUGAGAAUGCUCUAAAACUAGCACGUCCAGAUGCGGUCGUCAAGAUUGUUCAUGAUCUCCACGAGCUGGUCAGAGAACGAAGCCUUCAACCCCAGUACUCUUGUGCAGCUUGACAUUUGAGUCAUCCAACCAACCCUUCACCAAUCUUUGGAAUCAACAUUAUGUAUCCAGAGCGAACUUGAGGCAAUGUUUUUCCCAUGGUGAAUUUUUCUAUUUAUCCACAAUUUUUUUUCUUUGUAAAGAUUGAUCCUCUUGUUUGCUAUGUCCAUUUUCUCUGUUCAGUAUCAACCCCACAGUGAUGUGAUUUACGAUUCUA